AGAAAUCUAGCUAUGAAAAAUAGGUACCUAACUAUAGGUAUUAUAAGGUUAUUUUAGAAUAAUGUUUGUUUAUAAAAUAAUAGGUUUAUUUUAUUUUUCAGGGUAAAUGGAAGUCCAUGGAAUCCGAAAGUGCACAGUGUAAUUUGUAGUGCACACUUUGUUGGUAAUGAGCGGUCAAAUGAUUCUCGAAGCCCUUCUUAUGUGCCUUCAAUUUUUCCGGAAGUAUACAAACGAAAAAUAGUUGAUUCAGAGCAGUCUUGUUCAAGGUAUCAACGUGUCCUAAAGCGCCAUAAAAUUAAAUUUACUUCUUCUGCUUUGGAAAAUACAACUGAUUGUAAUUUAGAUGACAUGUUAACUGAUAACCCUGGUAAAACUGUAUCUACUUGUGAUGCUAGUACUCAGGUUGCAUUUGAACCUGUAGAAUCAGUUCAGUUUUCUUUUGAAUGUUCAUUUGAAAAUCAAGAUGUUAGAACUCAAGUAACUUCCCCAAAUGUCUGUUGUGGUUUUUAUAAUAUCCUUACUACCUCUGAUAAAUCUUGUGGUCCAGAUUCAAGCAGUAUAAAUUCAUGCUUAUCUUGUGAUAGAUUUCAUGGAUUUAAUUCAAUAAAAAAUGAAAAUUCACUCAAAGACUUGACUGGUACAACAUAUAAAGUAUUCGACCUAUUAUGUUCAAUGCUACCACAAGUAUGCAAUAGUUCUAUAAGUAAAAAUGAUAGACUAUUAAUAUUUCUAAUAAAAAUAAAACAUAACUUAACAUUUUCAGCAAUUGGUGUUUUAUUUAGUAUACACCGUACUUCUGUAAGUAGAAUUUUUUUGCAGUGUUUAGAAAUAUUAAGCAUAAAAACAAAAAAUCUAAUUUUUUGGCACUGUAAAAGUACAAUUAAAGAAACUUUACCUGAAGGAUUUAAAAAAUUAUACCCUAAUACCCGCUGUAUUAUAGACUGUACUGAAAUUAAAGUUGAACAGCCCCCCACAAUUGAACAAAGAGUGUAUAUGUACUCUAGGUAUAAAGGCUGUUAUACUGUACAAUUUUUAGCUGCAAUCACUCCUAGUGGAGCAGUUUCGUUUAUUUCUAAAUGUUAUGGAGGAAGAGCUAGUGACUUAUUUAUUACCAAUAACUCAGGAUUUUUAUCCAAAUUGGAACCAGGGGAUCAAGUAUUAGCUGAUAAAGGCUUCCCCGGCAUCAAAACAGACUGUGAAAAUAAAAAUUCAAUAUUAGUCAUGCCUCCUAUAUUACAUCAUGGGAGAUUCACUGAACAAGAGGUUCUUGAAACAUACUCCAUUGCUAGCAUCAGAAUCCAUGUAGAAAGAUUCUUCGCUAGGUUAAAAACUCACGGAGUGUUAAAUAAAAUACAAAUAGAGCUUCUACCUCAUAUAGAUGAUAUUGUUCAUAUGUGUUGUGUUCUGACAAAUUUACAACCUCCAAUAAUAAAAAAUGAUAACAAAUGAAAUUUUGAUUGUGACUAAAUACG